CCAUGAUCAUUGCCAGUCGUUUGUGGUUGCGCGCGAACAUACGUCGUCCAUUUUAUAUUUAAGAUUUUUUUUUAUAUAUUUUUUUUUAAUUUCCGCCACGAUGGCGUCAGCCGUGAUUAAGUUUAGUGCCAUAAUGAUGCUAAUCGGCGUGUGUGCAGCUGAUGUCUCUGAACUCCCCGAAGUCAAGGCAGCAGCGGCCGCAGCCCCGCCCGUGACUGAGGUUUGUCUUGGCUGCAUCUGCCAAGCCGUGUCGGGGUGCAAGCAAGGAACUCAAUGCGAAGGAGACCAUUGUGGCCUAUUCCACAUUACUUGGCCAUACUGGGCUGAUGCCGGGAAACCAACGAUUAAUGGACUCUCACCUGACGAUCCUAAUGCGUACCCCAGUUGCACCAAUGACCCGUACUGCGCUGCGCAGACCGUACAAGGCUACAUGAAGAGAUACGCUCAGGACUGCAACGGCGAUGGUCAGAUAAACUGCUACGAUUACAUGGCCAUCCACAAGAAGGGAGGGUACGGGUGCAGUGGGGAACUGCCCUUCAAUUACGUCAACACUUUCAACCAGUGUGUGGCAAUUGUUGCUUCUCAGCAGCAACAGGGUUAAGAAGACUGGAAUUAAAAAUGGAUUAGCGUAAUCACAUUAAUUUAAGAAAAAAAUACGUACCUACUAAUGAGGAUAAAAAAGGCACAAGAUGUCUGAGCCAUGGAAAAAUAUGUUUCUGUUUAUAUAAUAAUUUGCGGAGAUUAGUCAUAAAAUGAAUGCUCAAAAAAUAUACUUUUAAUUAUUCUAAAAUGAUUGUAGAACAAUGUGAUGUUGUUUUGUUUUACAAAAUCUAUUUUCAAUUUAUUUUUUGAUAUUGCAUGGAGUUUCUUAUUUACUUUAUAUUGUCUUGUACUAGCAAACAAUUGAAUGACCUAAUGAAAAGUGGUAAUUGACGUCUAUAGGCAAAAACAUUAUGGAUAAAAUUUAGAUUAUAGAGUAUCGAGUCUCAAAAAUGGAUCAACUGCUUGUCAGCUAAUUGUCAAAUUAGCUGACUCGUUUUUUUAUCAGUGUUCUAUUUACUUACACACAUAAUGUAUCUUGACGUAUCUAUAUUUUAUUAUUUUAUAAAUAAAAUUAGUUUUUAUGCAUUAAAAUGAUACAAAAAUUAUAAAACAAAAUAAAUAUAGAAGUUAUAAAGGAAACACUCAUAAUUAUUUAUCAGGCAUAAUUGUAUGAAAAAGUUUACCCGCUUUUCUCGAAGCAUUUGUAUAGAGACACUUUAUUCUGAAUUUGCAUAAUAACAAUACAUCAUAAUUUCACUUAAAUAACAUUACGAAACUGGAUAGAUAUUAUAUAAAAAUAAAAUUAUGAAAAUAUACAGUGUAUUUAUAUUUAUUAUAAACUAGUUAGAAGCUACAUGAUCCAAAAUUCUUCUACGUUAUAAAUAAAUUUUGUUGAAAAAUUGGUAACAAUAAUAACAUCAAUAUAAUAAUGGCUACAGAGUUUUUCCAUUUCCAUUCUCUAUGAGAAAAACGAAAAACAAAUAUACUUUCAUUCAAAUUACGUAUAGGUACAGAUAUUUAAGUCGAUAUUGUUAUUAUUAUAAGAAUGAACUAGUCUGUUAAGUUUAAAUUGAAACUAUCUUCAAUCAAUUGUAUUGAGAUAAGAUAAAAAAAAAUCUGAUACACGCUACUCAUAUAAACUUUAUAUUGUAUUUUUUUUUAAUAAUAAGUACCUAAAUUUGAAAUUAUUUUGAUAUAUUAGCAAUUAAGAGUUUUUAUUUUGAAUUGCAACGCUGGAAAUGUAAGUGCAAUAUAGAUAUUGAAUUUUGCCAAUUAAAUAAGUAAUUAAAACGAAUAAAAUAAAAAUUAUUAUAUAUUAAAUAUUAAUAAAUCUAUUUUCGUAUGAGCAUAUAUUUACUAUGAAUAUAUACGUCAAUAAACUAUCGAACUUUAA